CUAGUUAGUAAGUUACUGUACUUAAAAAUCUAUUACAAGUGAGAUAUUGACGGAAAAUAUUUUGCCAUGAAGUACGCUAGAUAAUAUAAAUAGGAUUGCGCAUCGUAAAACAUGAUGAAUUUAAGACAGAUAUCCGAAAUAAGUAUUACACAAUGCUAGUUGCUAGUGAAUCAUAUUGUUUGAAUUAUUCUGGGAACUCCUUCUAUUGAAGAACCAGUAGUUAAAUGUUGAUGGUUGUUGUGAGUCGAUCUCCCCUCCAUUUUAAACUAGCCGCUCAAAGGUCGGAUAACUCGCUCUGGUGUCCUGAUGUAGAACAACAUAUUUCAGUGUCUUGUGUUUGGAUGUCAAGUCAAGAUCGGAACCGUCUGUUUGCUUUGGAAGUAUGUAUUUAGGAGGGUGAGGUCACAAAAUGGCGAAUGUGGUGUGGUCCUGCCCGUGUUGUCUUCGAUUCAAAUUCACCCCUGAAGAAUUGGAACAGCGGUAUAGGAGCCAGGAAAUUGACAGAAUGAUUGAAAAGGAUAAACAUUCUUUCAGGCGGCAGGUGAAACUCCUCCUACUAGGUGCUGGUGAAAGUGGCAAAUCAACAUUUCUCAAGCAAAUGAAAAUUAUUCAUGGACUGAAAUUUGAACCUGAACUAGUCAAAGAGUAUCAACAAGUGAUUUAUCAGAACAUUGUCAAAGGUAUGAAAGUGUUAGUGGAUGCUAGGGACAAGUUGAGGAUACCGUGGGAGUACCCCAAAAACUCUGAGUGUGGAAGUCAUCUUCUAAAGUUCGAGAAUAAUACGGUUUUGGAAUCAAGAUUAUUUUUGGAAUUUGCACCUUAUCUACGUAGUUUGUGGAUAGAUUCCGGUAUUCGACGAGCUUUUGAAAGAAGACGUGAGUUCCAACUAAGUGAUUCUGUUCAAUACUUUUUGGAGAACUUGGAUAGGAUAGCACGACGAGACUACAUACCAACUAACAAAGAUAUCCUUCAUGCGAGGAAAGCCACGAAAGGCAUAUCUGAGUUCACGAUUCCAAUCAACAACAUUCCAUUUAGGUUUGUGGAUGUUGGUGGCCAGAGGUCGCAGAGGCAAAAAUGGUUCCAAUGCUUUGAUUCGGUCACCUCAAUACUCUUUCUAGUCUCCUCUUCGGAAUUCGACCAAGUCUUGGUUGAAGAUAGAAAAACCAACAGGCUUGAAGAAUCCCGAAAUAUAUUCGACACAAUAAUCAACAACGACGUGUUCAGCAGUGUUUCAGUCAUCCUGUUCCUGAACAAGACAGAUUUGUUAGUGGAAAAGUUGAAGUCGAAAGAGACGAACAUUCGGUGGUUUUUCCCCGAAUUUGCAGGCGACGAGCGGAGCGUCGAAGACGUGCAGGCGUUUCUGCUCGAUUACUUCAAAUCGGUCAUCAGGGUUACUACUGGUCAGAAAGCGCUCUUCCAUCAUUUUACAACGGCAGUCGACACUGAAAAUAUCAAAGUGGUUUUCAACGCUGUCAAGGACACUAUCCUUCAGAAAAAUUUGGCUGCCCUGAUGCUGCAAUGAGAAUGAGGAGGUCCUUUUACUCUCCGUCUACCCUUAUAAAUCUCAUCUUGAAAUUCAUAUCAUUUUCCCCAGUGCUAUUUUUAUUGUGCAAAUUAUACUGUGUAAUACUUUUCCAAGAAAAAAUAGUUAAAAUAGUGAGUUUGAUCAUCCCUUUUUUUAGGAAAAUGUACUAUGUUUUCAAGUAUGUUGUAUCGUGUAAGUUAUACAGUGUAAUAUUUUUUCAAGAACUAUGUUAGUUUGAUCAAAAUUCUUUUGGGGUGAAUUAUGUUUUUUAAUAUUUAAUUUGGCAAUCUAGUUAUGUACUGAGUCAUUUUUCAUCGUCAUCUUUCAAAAAAUAAUUGAGACUCUUCAGUAAAGACCCAUUAUUAUAAUAAUGAUUUCCAUUUUUUCAUCAUAAUCCUUUAAAAUAGUUCGUCACUGUUUGUUUCUUUUUUUUAUUGUAGAGAAUUGUUUUAUUAAGAUUCGUCAAUAUACUGUUAACAAUCGAAAUUUAGUACCACAGAAAACAAUCUAUGAACUAUUAUCAAGUCACGCAGAAUCCCUAAAAUAAUUCAGAUGUGACCUGAAGAUCUCUGAAACAAGUCCUGAACCAACCAGGUCACAAUAUGUUCUGGUUAAUAUCCAGAAACAUGAAAUUUGGAAGACUUUUUGGGAUAAACAA